AUGCUGAAGGAGGCUGCUAGACGUUACGAUGCUGCAGGAACUCCCUUACUUCCAGAAGAGCUUAGUAAUCGGGUUAAUCAGUCUUUGAAAAGGGCAUCUGAUCUUUUGGGACUAUCACUUCCUACAGCCGAUGACAACUGUGAAUCAGAUUACUCUGCCUUCUGCCCUGAGGGAUGGGUAUCCACUGGUGAUGGUAUACACUGUGUGUUGCCUUAUGAAAGCCAUUCCAACUCCGGGCUCUGUGGACGCCAGCUGGACAUGCACGACAAAUCGGCUUUAGAUAAGCUUAACCUGGCAGAAACGUGCGACCUAAAGUGGCCAUGCUUGACAAAGGAGCCAAUCGUCCCGAAGAGUGAUGAUGUCUGCCCAAAGUUCUGGCGCCGUAAUGGGGAUCAGUGCCUUGCUGACGCAACUUACGUUGGGCCAUGCAAUAUGGCUUUAAAAUUUACGGGGAAGAGUCAUCAAGAACGACAGAAUGAAGCUCGCAUUUGUAGACUUAAUUUUUCGAAAACAACCGAUUUACUGGAUGAAAACAGCGACUGGUCAGCCGACUGUCCUCUGGGAUGGUCUCUACAGGAUGAUGGUACAUGCGCACAGAAUCUGGACCAGAGUGUCAGUCAAUGUGGGAGGAAACUGAAGUUCACUAGUAUUCGUGAGAAACGAGAGAAGGCCAAGCGUUGCAGUUUGGUGUGGCCUAUCAAGACAGAGAAAGUUGAAUCAUUUUGUCCACUAGGUUGGCAGCUCGAUGCAGAUAACGAAUUGUGUCUGGCGCCUGCGAGUUACAUGGGUCCAUGCCAGCUGCGUAUGGACUUUAGCCAAUAUACUGCGUAUGAUAAGGCGAUGUGGGCCCAUGCAUGUGGCGUUUCUUUUUUGGAUGAAGGUGAGGUCUCCAAACCACCAAAAUCCGCCAAUGACGUAUUCUAUCGCAACGGGCCAGUGGACCACUCGCUGGCUGUAGUUGGGUUUGGGAAGCCAGUCAAAGAUGUGAGGGUGAUGGAAAGACAACUCGAUGAAUUGAACCGAUUGCGCAAGAAAAGUAGCGACCCACUUUUUAUAAGAACCGUAAAUAAGAGUAUCGCAACGCUUAGGUCCCAUAUCAAGUCCCUGGCGUCCGGCGCUUCGUUUCUACAAGUGGCUACUAUGGCCCUUACACCCAAUAAAAGGAGCUGCCCAUACGGAUGGCGCCAAUUUGACAGUGUAUGCAUUGCCAGUGAAGCUUACCACCGUGUGGUUCCGGGUUGCAAGACAGUCCACCGAAUAUCGGAUGAGUUCAACGAACAAUGCCGAGUAUCGAUGCGUAUUGACGACCACCGCGAUGACUUUGUUCGUGCACAUUGUCCUUUGGGAUGGAGGAUACGCCAAGUUUACUUCGCCAAUCUCGUGCGUCACAUAUGCAUCGCACCGUCGUACUACAAAGAGUCACAAAGGAUCGAAUGUGGUGGAGGGACUGUAGAUUUUUCUGCACGUUCCCCAGGAUUUAAGCGACGAUGGUCCUUUUCCUGUGGGCAGCGUUUUCCGGAUUUUGAGGAUGCGCAUCAACCUAAAUGCGUGGAAAACUUUUUUUGGCAUUGCCCUUCCGAAUGGCAGCGUAAUGAGGACUCUUGUCUUGCUCCUGAGCACUACGUUGGUCCAUGUCCUCCGUCUGUCCGUUUGUCGGAAAUUGGCACAGAGAGCUCCAAAGCCAGCUUUUCAAAACGUUGUCUUGCUGCUUGGCCAUGCUUAGGUAACUGUGAGAAGGACUACAGUCGGGAUUGUCCCGAUGGAUGGGAUCGCAACGAAGAUCUUUGUACAUUAGCUACUCCUGGUGACGGAGGGCGCUGCGGCAAAAGCAUCGAAAUUAGGAAACCAUGGAACGACAGCCACAAAGAGGAGGUGGAGUUCCUGUGCGGGGUACAUUGGCCGUGUCAUCAGACCUAG